CAGCAGCCGCUCCCGCUACCCAGCUCCCAGCGCCCAUUUGGAGUGACAUGAGCGAGCACGCCUGGCCAUGUGUGGCAUGUGUAUGGCUGGGUUUCCCUAGUUGCUGAGGGACUGGACCAAGGUGGCUGGUGGUCACUGCCCCGCCCCCCUGCAGUUCCUGGCCAAAGACAGCCACUGACCAGGGUGUCAGUAGGUCCCAAGGCGCCCAUGCCUUCCCUUGCUUUUCUGGGAAGAUCUAGCACCAGGCAGAGCCAGGCCACAUCAGCCCUCAGCCACUGGAAGCCCUCACCAGCUACUUUCGUCAACCCCAAGGAAAGUUCUAGAAGACACCGUGGCUGUACCCUGGGAGAUUCAUGGGCCAGAACAGGAGCUCCAAGGAGUGGCCAGGUGCCACCCACAAACCAUGCUUCAGUGCAAACCACCCCAGGAGUUCAGCUUUGGGCCGCGGGCCCUGAAGGAUGCCCUGGUCUCACGUGAUACGGCUCUGCAGCAGCUCUACACUUCAGCCUUCUCCCCAGCUGAGAGGCUCUUCCUUUCUGAGGCCUACAAUCCGCACAGGACCCUCUUCAGCACGCUGCUCAUCCACUCGGCUUUCGACUGGCUCCUGAGCCGCCCAGAAGCCCCGGAGGACUUCCAGACCUUCCACACCUCCCUGCAGCUCCGGAAGCAGAGCCUGGUCCGGAAACACAUUUACCUGCAGCCCAUAGAUCUGAGUGAAGGGCUGGCGGGGUGCCCCCUGCUGGACCACCUGUGCAGCUGUGCCGAGGCCUUCUUCCUGGGCCUGCAAGUCAAGUGCCUGCCCUCAGUGGCCUCCACCUCCAUCCACUGUUUCUCACGGCCCAGACAGGACUCUGACGGGCUCCAGCUUCACACAGAUGGCAUUUUGUCGUUCUUGAAGAACAACAAGCCGGGGGAUGCGCUGUGUGUGCUGGGCCUCACGCUGGCGGACCUGUACCCCCACGAUGCUUGGACUUUCACCUUCGGCAGGUUCCUUCCAGGGCAUGAAGUGGGUGUGUGCAGCUUUGCUCGAUUCUCUGGGGAGUUCCUGCAGGCCCAGCCCAGCAUUUCUGACCCAGCACUGCUGGAGGCAGCAGCAGAUGGUCCUGAGACACCACCACCAGAUGGAGGCAGGACCCUGUACUUCAGCGCCCUGGGCAUGGUUCAGAGACACCAAGUCACCUGCCAUGAGCUUUGUCACCUCCUGGGCCUGGGGAACUGCCGCUGGCUCCGCUGCGUCCUGCAGGGGGCACUCAGCCUGGAUGAGGUGCUGCGGAGACCCCUGGAUCUGUGUCCCAUCUGCCUGCGGAAGCUGCAGCAAGUCCUGGGCUUCAGGCUUGUGGACAGGUACAAGAGACUCUAUACGUGGACCCGAGUGGCAGCGGGGACGUGGCUGGGUCAAGAGGCUGGGGAGCCAUCAGUGUCAGAGGACACCCUGCCCUUCAGUGCUGACUCAGGCAUGGGCUGUGAGAGUGACUCAGAGCCUGCCACCAGCCUGUCAGAGCCCCUCACCCCGGAUAUGUGGAGUCACGCCUUCCCAGACGGGCCUGAACCAGGAUCCGAGGAUGGGCUGAGCUCUCUGGGGGCCUCAGAGGUGUUGUCAAAACCUGGAGGCCCCAUGGAGGCCAUUGAGGAGUAUGGACAGUGGCUGUCUUCAUGCAUCCAGGCCCUGGAGAGGGAAGUGACUGAAGAGGAGCUGGCCCUGGUGGACAAGGCCGUGGACACCCUAGACUGCUGGGAGAUGUUCACUGGGCAGCUCCCAGCUCCCAGGCAGGACGUGCCCUGUGUCAGGGAUAGCGUGGGGCUUCGAAAAGUCCUGGGGGACAAGCUCUCUUCCCUGAGGCAGAGGCUGAGCACACGCCGGCUUACCAAGGCCAAUUCUUCCCCCUGUCGCUGGGAGGCAAAGAAUUAAUACAGCAGGAUGGACUAUCUGAAGCAGAGAAGUUGGCUCCUAGCAACCAACCUUGACUGCCCAGUGACUGAGGGUACUUUGGUCCCUGAAGGGCUAAAAGAAAGCUCCUUGGAAAUGGAAGAAUUUAUCCUUAGGUGCCUGGUCACAGGGUCCCCAUGGCAUGUUGUCUGCAGCUGUGGUAUACACAUGAAUGCAGUAUCUGCAGAGGCCAGAAGAGGGCGUCAGAUCCUCUGGAGCUGGAGUUACAGGGAUUGUGAGCUGCCCAAUGUGGGUGCUGGGAACCAAACUCAGGACCUCUGCUUUUAUCUGCUGAGCCUUCUCUCCAGCCCCAAUGUACUGUUUCUACCUGGCCCCAGACACACGGGGUUCUUGUCUGUGGCAAGAAUUGACUCACUGGUCUCCAGGGUCUUUCUGAAGUGCUUCCUGUAUCCCGCCAUUUCCUCCGAUAGGGGCUGCAGAAGUGGGGUGACUGAUAUGCAGGUUUGUGUGUGUGUGUGUGGAGUACGUGUGAGGCAGAGGCCUUCCUCCACCCAGAGGCCGCUGUCUGCAGGGAACACAAAUGGUACUUGUGACUCUUUUCUGACAAUGGUGGUUGUGCUGUCAUCACGGGUUAGGCAGUGUGGGUGAUGGCUCCGCUCAUCUGUCUUCAAUGACCUUCUGGCAUUGUUCUAUUGAUUCCUGACAGAGUGAUGUUAAAAUUAUCCGCCCACAGCUGUGCUGUUGUUGAAUUUCCCUUUCCUUCUGUCGAUGCUCUUUUGCACACGCACACACUCACACAAUGAUUGUUUACCCUCUCAUUGUUCUUAAAUGCCCCAGCUGGCCAACAAUGCCAGAGUCUCAAAGAGAGAAGCUUCUGGUCUGAUACUCCUGUGGAGGGAGGAGAGUGGGGUCUCAGCCCUUCCCCUUGUGGACUGAGGCAAGAGGAGAGAGCACACAUCUUUUAAGUGAGAAGCUGUGUUAGUUUGCUUUUCAUCGCUGUGACAAAAUACCUGAGCAGAUCAGCUUAAAGGAGGAAAGGGUUGUUGGGCUCAUGGCUUCAAGGGUUUCGUUUGUGGUCUGGCUCCAUGGGAUUUGGCUGUGGUGAGGUAGAACAUUAUGGUGGGGAGGGAGUGGUAGAGCAGAGCUGCUCACCUCUGGAGGUCAGAAAGUGGGGGGAGGAGCUUCCUUCAAAGGAAGUUCCUACUGAUCUCCCCUCCAGCUAGGCUCACCUCCUAGUGCCCACCACUACCACUGACUUAUUUUUUUGAGUCAGGGUCUCACUAUGUAGCCUGAAACUCACUAUGUAGAUCAGGCUGGCCUCAAACUCACAGAGAUCUGUCUGCCUUGGCCUCUCCGGUGCUGGGGUUAAAGGCAUGUGCUACCAUGCCCUGCCUUUCUUUUAAAGGCAGGAUCGCAUGUCUCAUGUAGCUCAGGCUGCCCUCAAACUCACUGGGUAGCUAG